UCUAACUGUAAUGGGGAGGGUCGUGAUGGACGCCAUCAAGAGGUGCACAGUCAGGAUGGAGGGGCCUAUUGCAAUCAGGAAGGAGAUACUGUUUCCUAACAUAAGAUGUGGGAGUCCUAGUCCUGAUCAGGGGAAGGAUCUUAUAGAUGGGGGUUUCUGUUGGAUGAUGGGGGAUUCCAGUUGGGAUCAUGAGAUGGCUGGUUCCUAUUAGGAGUAAGGGGAAGUCUAAUGGAGGAGCAUCCAAGUCCCGAUCAUAUGGAGCCUGGGCGCUAUUUGGAGACAGGACGGUUGUGAUUGCGGCCCUUUGCAUUGGGCAGCUGCGGCGUCUAGGUCGUGAUUAGGAGUGGACUGUAGUCCAUGACAUGAGUAGUUCCAGCAGGUCGUGACGUGAGACGCAGCGGCUUAAGUUACCCACGGAGAAGAGCUACCCGGCAACCGGGUACCACGUCCAACCGGGACACUGAACCAUUCUCGCUGAGCGCAGGCGCAGGGCAGGAGGGCCCGGACUCUACGGUUGGGGGCGGGCCCUGUAAGCUUAACUCUGCGCUUGCGCAGAAGGGGCGUGGCGGUCGCACCUGCGCGAGUUGGGGGAAGGAGGAGGGGCGAGGUGACGCAGGCGUAAUAAUAGAGAAGGUGCCAGAAAGAUCCAAAACAAGUGGCUGCGGCCGUCGCCCAGGAGUCGUCAGACGCCGGAAUCUGGCCCUGGUUCUGAGUUUGUAGCGCCCCCCUCCCCCGGGUAUGUCGCUGUCCGGGUUGACCCCGGCUCCGAGCUGGGAGGAGGAUGAGUGCCUGGACUACUACGGGAUGCUGUCGCUUCACCGUAUGUUCGAGGUGGUGGGCGGGCAACUGACCGAGUGCGAGUUGGAGCUGCUGGCUUUCCUGCUGGAUGAGGCCCCCGGCGCCGCCGGCGGCCUGGCCCGCGCCCGCAGCGGCUUGGAACUGCUGCUGGAGAUGGAGCGCCGCGGGCAGUGCAACGAAAGCAACCUGCGGCUGCUGGGGCAACUCCUGCGCGUGCUGGCUCGCCACGACUUGCUACCGCACCUGGCGCGCAAGCGGCGCCGGCCAGUGUCUCCAGAACGCUACAACUAUGGCACCUCCAGCUCAUCUUCAAAAAGGGCUGAAGGCAGCUGCCGUCGCCGUCGGCAGUCCAGCAGUUCUUCAGAUGCUCAGCAGGGUCAGUGGGAGACAGGCUCCCCCCUGACCAAGCGGCAGCGUCGGAGUCGGGGCCGGCCCAGUGGUGGUGCCAGACGGCGGCGGAGAGGGGGCCCAGCUGCCCCCCGGCAGCAGCAGGAGCCAGCGAGACCCUCCUCAGAAGGCAAAGUGACCUGUGAUAUCCGGCUCAGGGUGCGAGCAGAGUACUGCGAACAUGGGCCCGCCUUGGAGCAGGGUGUGGCAUCCCGUCGGCCCCAGGCGCUGGCACGGCAGCUGGACGUGUUUGGGCAGGCCACCGCAGUGCUGCGCUCAAGGGACCUGGGCUCUGUGGUGUGCGACAUCAAGUUCUCAGAGCUCUCCUAUUUGGACGCCUUCUGGGGUGACUACUUGAGUGGGGCCCUGCUGCAGGCACUGCGGGGUGUGUUCCUGACUGAGGCCCUUCGAGAGGCCGUAGGCCGGGAGGCUGUCCACCUGCUGGUCAGCGUGGACGAGGCUGACUAUGAGGCUGGCCGGCGCCGCCUGCUGCUGAUGGAGGAGGAGCGGGGAGGGCGCUCAGCUGAGGCCUCCUGAUCCUGGAUCUGGAAGAACUGACCCCACCUCCUAGCCUCUGGGCCACUUUGCCCCCAUGGAAGACGACCAUCUCUGUCCCUAGAGGACCGUUACUCCAGCAGCUCUGAGGACUGCAGAGAUGGCCAGGCCCCUUGACAGCCUGGCCGCUUGACAGCCCCUCCCACAGGAUGUGGGUGCUGAGGUCAAAACCACUUCCAGCUGAGUUUCCCCCCCCCCCCCCCCACAUUCCCACCCCCAGGUGUGUUCCCUCAGCUUCAGGAGGCCAGAGGCUCAGGCAAGCAUUCUGGAAAGGGAGGGAGGCAUAGCCACACACCAAAGGCCCUGUACAUCGCGUCCUCCCACCCGGGCUAUGUGCACACACACACCGGCCCCUCUGAAGUCUCCCCUGGACCCCCACCCUGGCCUGCUCCACACACUUCUUUGGCCUCAGGGCUUCUCUCUCAGGAUCUCUGAUUUUAUGCCCCAACCCUGGGCUUCAGCCACACUGAGCACUGGAGCUGGGGUGCACACAGGGCCUGCUCAUCUUGCCCAUACAUCCCUACAGCCAGCCAGGGCUCUGCCCAGCUUCCACACACAGACCUGGCUUUCCACCUUCUGCUCUUCAGAGCUGGGCACAGACUUGCACAUGGACCUGCACCUGGAGUGUCACACUUGUGUUGCAGCAGCUUCAGACCAAGCGUGCUGUUGCUCAUGGGGUCAGGACCAGAAACAACUUCCCUCUCAGAAGGGGAAGGCAAAGGCUUGGGGCUGAUGGGAAAGGCCUUUACAAAUGGCACCAAUAAAGCUGCUCUGGAUGGAGCAUAGGUGGGCAUCAAGUCUC